AUGAUUUUUCAAAUCUUUUCGUUACUAUGGAUUUUCAUUAAUCUUCAUUCAAAAAAUCAAGUAUCUGCAUCACCGGUGCUUCUUUGGAGCAAUCUGAAUCUCCCUCGAUCAAAUGUUCCUCUUGCUACACUCUCACCAUUAAAUCUCAUAUCUGAUUACAUCUGUCCAUUAACUAAUAAAAAAAUUUAUUUACGUAUUGUUGCUGUAAACGAUCUGACUACUGAAGAUUUUCAACGAAGUCUACAACAUCAUCAUCCACUUUUAUUAGAUGCUAAAAAAAAUGAAAGAAAUUUUCUUUAUUUUCCAAAUGUUGCUAAUGAUGUAUACAAAACAUUUUCAUUAAUGCCACAAUCAAAUAAUAUGAAAUGUUCACAUAUACAUUUUGAAUUAAUAUCAUUAAAGAUUUAUGAAACAUUAAAUGAUGCAUUAAAUCGAAUACAAACAAGAAUAAAUAAAAUUGGAACAGAUUCAAAUCAUGCUGUUCUUAUUGCACUUAUAAAUGGUCCAGUUAAUGAUCAAAAAGAUAUACAUCACAUGUCUCGUCAACGUCGUCAAAUCAAUGUUGAGAAAAAUGUUGUAUUGAGAUCAAAUAAUGCAACGUGUAUGUUUUAUGCUAAGAAUUUAUAUUGGAAUGAUGUUAAUGGAACAUUAUCAUCUGGUCGUAAUUAUAGUCUGAAUUUAAAUAGAAGUUCAUGUCAACCAAAUAUACCAUCUACGAGCAAUGAUAGUUCAGUUAUUCUAAAUCUUGUUUGGACUAAUGAACAAAUGCCAAGCGAUAUUGUUACUGUAAGUUUAACUACGACAAUAUUCGGACGUUUUUGGCGUUUGGAAAAUGUUACUCUUAAUCAAAAUGAAUAUCGUUAUUUUGUAUCUGGAAUGCAUAGUCCAAUGGAAACACCACCAACAUAUUGCUAUGUUUGUACAACAGCAGAAUUUGUUCGAUAUGAUUCGCAGACAAGAUAUGGACUAUAUAAUUUUAGUAAUAAAUUUUAUAUAAAAGAUCUUCAAUUUCAACCAUUUCAUGCUAAUGGAUCAACUUUUGGUCCACCGAAUUAUUGUACAUCAUUUUUUACUCGAGGUAUAUGGAUGGCUAUAACAUCAAGUUUACUUUGUUUGGGUAUACUAUUAUUUGGCAUUUAUCAUUUAAUGGGAAUUAAAUCAAAUGAUCGAUUUGAUGAUCCAAAAGGAAAACCAUUGAUUAUUAAAGCCCAAGAAUAA